GACAUGAUCUUUUUUAGAGUUCUUCAUUUCGAGCUUCUCCGUCCAUUCCCUAAAUAAGAGUGAUUGCUCACAUAAUUGGGUGAGAGAUUUGUUUUUGGUCAAAAAUAGAAAAACAAAAACCUCAACGGAGAUACAAUCCAGUGCUUUGCAAGAGCCAAUAAGCCUCCUCGAUUCCAUGCAACCUCUUCUCUCUUUCAUUCUCUGUGUUGUGAACUUGUGAUUAUCUACGCUCCCCAUCUCUGAAGUCUGAACACACGCAUACAUCCCCCACUCUACAAUUCACAACACCAACAGAACACAGAGAGAAAACAUGAUAUACCCCGUCGACACCUAACCCAGCCAUGAUCCAACCCCGAUUAGACUUCCGAUUCCGUCGCUCCUCCAAUGCCGUAAACCUAAGCGAUCGCACCUAUUUACACCAACAUGUCACACUCGCCGGACCAAUCCGUCUCCUGCGCUAACAGCCUCCACUGCGGCGAGGACGCUGUCGACCUUGCCGACACGUCAUUCUCCGACCACCUUCCCUUAUCGGCCGAUGAUACUGCCAUUUCUAGAUUCGUUGAUAUUGAAUCUCAGUUCAUGCCUCGCCUUGACUAUCUUCAACGCUGCCGCGAUCGGACUGUUGAUGUCACCGCCCGCCAGGACUCCAUCAAAUGGAUCUUAAAGGUGCAUACAUAUUACCAUUUCAGGCCAGUUACAGCUUUACUCUCCGUCAAUUAUCUCGACCGUUUCCUCUCCUCUCAUUCUCUCCCGGCAAAUGGGUGGCCGUUUCAGCUGCUAUCAGUGGCGUGCUUGUCUUUAGCGGCCAAAAUGGAGGAGCCUCACGUGCCCCUUUUAUCAGACCUGCAAUUAUUCGAACCCAGAUUCGUAUUCGAACCCGUAACCAUUCAAAGAAUGGAGUUGUGUGUCAUGGCCAAUCUUAGUUGGAGACUACGCUCCAUCACACCCUUCGAUUAUCUCCAUCAUUUCAUCUCAAAGCUUCCAUCUUGUUCUUCUUCAGGACCCGGCGACCUCACUCGGCUCUUAAAAGCAUCAACGGAUCUCAUUCUCAGUACCACCCGAGUAAUUGAUUUCUUGGAUUUCGCACCAUCCACAAUCGCAGCGGCCGCCGUGCUAUCCAUUGCCUUCGGCGAGAUUCUGGAUUUACCUGAGUUUCAAUUUCACGAGAGAGUAAACAAAGUCGAAAUGGUGACAAGCUGUCAUCAACUCAUGGAAGAACAUCUGAUCGACGCGUGUCCUUCCUCUGGCUGUAAAUAUUCAACAGCCGACACGCCAACUGAGCCGCUUAGCCCAGUCGGCGUGCUGGACGCGGCUGGCUGUGGAAGCUGCGACACCCAUUCCGAUACUCCUGGCCCGGGGAGCCAAGCGGAGCCGGAACCGAAGCGUGUUCGGUCGAGGGAUCAUGUAUAGUAAACGGUGGAUAAGAGCAGUGUCGCCUAAUGAACGGACAGGAUUGGAUAAACUUAAAGGGGAGGAAGAGGGAAUUUUGAGUAUUAUAUAAAUUGAUUAUAUCCAAUUAUGUUCGGGUAUAAUCUUUUUUUUAAUAGAUGGGCAUUUUGGUCAAUCGAAAUACAUACAUAUA